CGUCGACCGUCGAAAGGAGACAGCGGUAAAGUCAGAGGGUAGGACAUACCCCCGUGAGUGGCUAUGACGUCACGAGGGUCGAAUCAAUAUCAGAAUCAUCCCCCCGCCAGUCCUCCGCUGAAAGACAUCGUUGGUUCAGUACGGGUUGGCCUUCAGGACCGUUAAGAACGUCAGAGCACGCCGUUCUUGACGAGGGCGACGACGACGAGGAGUACGAGAAUCAUCAGGGCUGUCUCGUUGCUCGUCACCCUCGAUUCCGUUUUCAUUUUCUUUUUCCCCUCCGUCUGCACCUGUCCGGCUGUCCAUCUGUUUGUCUCUGUUUCUACCUUUGUUCGCCUUUGUUUUUCUGUAACGACAACAUUUCCGAUUCGUGUUUGGGUUGCCUGUAAUGUAAAGUGAACGUAAUCAUCAAGUGGUCUCGAAGCAUCAAGCGGAGUUCGUAGUCGGAGACCAGAGUUCCUCCGGAGAACGGUUGGGUUGAAGUUGGAUCUUCCAGUAUGCCCAUACGAGAGUGAGUGGUAGCAUGAAGAUCGAGGAUUGAGAACGUUCGACGGAAUUGUGAGACAGAGACGACACUGAUCAAUAGCAAUUGGUACGAAAGGUGCGGGCGAUCGAAGGAGAAAAUCAAGGAGGAAGGAAAGGGUAGAAGCAGACUCAGUGAGUUGGGUGAAAAUCGAUGGCCAUCAGCGCCCAUGGGCGGCCUCGCGUUUAGAACAAGGAAUAGCCCCUCCCAGAAGACCUCGCUCCGGUGGGGCGACUGCUGUCCCCCAAAUCCCAACCCUCCAUCGUCGUCAGCUGUCUGGAAAGACCAUCAUCAGGACAUGCUGCCGGUACCAGUGUGAGGCUGUCCCCCGCUACUGCGUGAUUGUACCCCGCGGGGUCUUCAGAGGUAUCCGAACUUCUCGAAAUCAGAUCGAUCGCCAAACCUCCGUCAGUUCGAGUUCACUCAGGUGGACCCGUACUCACCGAAGAUGAUCAAUUUCGCUGGUAUUGUCUCAAUCGCUCUGUUCUACGCGCUGAUCCUAGCCGUAGGAAUAUGGGCGGCCAGGAAGAAAGAGUCUGGGAACGACUCCGAGGAGGAAGUCAUGCUAGCGGGUCGCUCGAUUGGUUUGUUCGUCGGAAUAUUCACAAUGACGGCGACAUGGGUCGGCGGUGGUUACAUCAAUGGUACCGCUGAAGCGAUCUACACGAAAGGUCUUAUUUGGUGUCAGGCCCCCUUCGGAUAUGCCCUGAGUCUCGUCUUCGGCGGUAUAUUUUUUGCGAAUAAAAUGCGAGAACAGGGGUACAUCACGAUGUUAGAUCCACUUCAGGAUGCGUUUGGUGAACGCAUGGGGGGCCUUCUAUUUCUUCCUGCCCUCUGCGGUGAGGUGUUCUGGGCUGCGGGUAUUCUGGCAGCGCUGGGUGCUACAAUAGCAGUCAUCGUCGACCUAGAACAAGGUGCCUCAGUCAUUUUGAGCGCCUGUAUCGCAGUUUUGUAUACUCUCUUCGGAGGUCUUUAUUCUGUUGCUUAUACUGACGUUAUUCAACUGUUUUGCAUCUUCAUUGGGCUGUGGUUGUGCAUUCCAUUCGCGUGGUCGAAUCCAAAGGUAGACUCUCUUAGUUCUAUGGAUGUGGAUUGGAUCGGUGAAGUGCAGCCAAAUCAAUACUGGUCUUAUCUAGAUAAUGGCCUGUUGUUGGUGUUCGGUGGUAUUCCGUGGCAAGUGUAUUUUCAACGAGUCUUGUCUUCGAAAACAGCGGGAAGAGCUCAACUGUUGAGUUACGUGGCUGCCGCAGGCUGUAUUCUCAUGGCUAUACCGCCAGUGCUGAUCGGAGCCAUCGCCAAAGCGACAGCUUGGAACGAGACACAGUACAGUGGCCCUUAUCCGCUCACGGAGACGGAAACGACCAUGAUUCUACCGUUGGUCUUGCAAUAUUUAACUCCAGAUUUCGUUUCCUUUUUCGGGUUAGGCGCAGUAUCAGCAGCAGUAAUGUCUUCUGCAGACAGUAGCAUUCUCUCAGCUAGCUCCAUGUUUGCCAGAAACGUGUAUAAAUUAAUCUUCCGUCAGAGGGCGUCGGAAAUGGAGAUCAUCUGGGUGAUGCGCGCGGGCAUAGGCGUAGUCGGUGUCUUGAGCACGGUGAUGGCGUUAACGAUCCCUUCGAUCUACGGCCUCUGGUCAAUGUGCUCGGACCUGGUCUACGUGAUCCUCUUCCCCCAACUGUUGAUGGUGGUCCAUUUCAAAGACUACUGUAACACGUACGGCAGCCUGGCUGCCUACAUAAUAGCGUUCUUGGUGAGGGUCAGCGGCGGUGAGCCGAUGAUGGGAUUGCCCGCGUUGAUCCAUUACCCGGGGUACGACGAGGAAACAGACACACAGGGGUUCCCGUUCAGAACGAUGGCGAUGCUGAUGUCCUUGGUGACACUGGUCGGCGUGUCCUACGGGACGCAGGUGGCCUUCCUGACCGGCAGGCUGGCACCCGGCUACGACGUCUUCAGGUGUGUCGUCAACAUACCGGAAGAUGUCGAGAGAGUCGGCCCGGACCCGGCCGAAGGCGAGCAAAUGGCUGUCCUGGCUGCCGGGGCUGGCAGGCUUUACGGCAGCAAGGAUGAAUCGAACGGACGAGUGAAUCCUGCGCUCGAGCCGGACUACGACAUGGACCCGGGAUGCAAGGUCGCUGGGAUGACGACGGACAGCGUCGUUGGCGGGGGCAGCGGCAGCGGACAUUUCGCCCCUCACAGUGCCAACGCGCCCAGGCAACCGCAAUCUAGUACCGCGUUCUAAUCCCUGGUUCCAUGAUCGGAUGCUGUGACCAACAAUAAGCGCGGCGGUGCGGGUUUGCGUUUUGUUGGACGUCCCGAGAUUUUUCGUUCGGUGAGUGGUUCUGUUCUGUUCCUUUCCUCUUUCGUUCACUUUCACGCGGCCGCGUGAGCCUCUUCGAGCGGGCCGCGGAGAGAGUACACUUUGUAGAGACAUAGAGGAUGCCUACGUUUAAAGGUUUGUCCAUGCGUCUGAUUAUCAACUAGCUUUUUCAUGAGCUCAUGAAAUUUUUAGUAGAGUUGUCGUGUGUUUGAAUAGGACCAACUUUGGAUCUGGUUGGAAUAUAUAGAUGUCUAGGGAUAGUCUCGUGCAGAAAUCGGACCAGACGUAUCGAUACAGUGAUUUUGGUAAUUAUUAACCCCUUGGUGUGUGAUUUCUUUCAUGGCUACGAUUGUAGGACUUAGUUUGUUGUUCAUGGUUUUAGGGAAUGAGAGGAGGUUUUGUGUUUAUUGUGAGUAUAUUUCUACUUUGUAAGUAGAAAGUUGAUAAUAGCUAAAUAGUCUGUUUCAAUUUGUUCUUAAAGUAAUAAUACUGAUUUUCGUUAAGAUGAGCUAGAAAUCUUCAAGGGGUUAAUAUUUAUUGAUAUAGUUUGUAUGUACACAAACUUUACUAUGUGUGAUAUAUCGUGUAUUACACGUUCUCGUUGAUUCGUUAAUUGGGACACCUGUGAUAUGAGAUCUAGUAUACGAAUCCAGUUGAUUAUGAUAAAAAUCAUUUGGAUUCAACGCAGAAGUAACUCAACGCUAACCUCACAUAGAUUCUAUCCAAACCUGAACGAAACUAAUUCAAAUCUGACCUGAUCCUGAUAUAUCAAAAAAGCUUUUUGAUAAGUCAGACGCACACCAAUAAUUUUUGUUUCGUCGACUGGUUUUUAAAAAUAUUAUUAUCUAACACUUGUUAUUUUAUUUACCCCGAUUAUUCUCCCCAUUUUUUAUUUUCCCUCGCCUGUGUCUGUGAAGCUCCGAUAUGAUUCAAUCUCGAGUUCUAUUAAUACGAAUCUCUCUCUUUUUCUCUUACUCAUUUUUCCCCUCUUUCUCUUUAUUUUCUCCUUAGAUCCCUCUAACAUUCUCUUUUUUUCUUUUCCUGUCUACUAUUCUCUUCCUUUCUUUUCCUCUCUACCCCUAUCUAUUUCUUUUCUCUUUCCCUCUUUUUCUCCAUCUACAAUAUAUUGUUUUCCCUCCCAUUCUCUUUCCAAUUCUUAACAUUUCUCCUUCUCGCGGUUCACAAUAGUGACCGUAACAUUAACCUGUACCUGUCUGAAUUCAGUUCAUUCGUGUUCACCAACGCGUUAAUAGAGAAAGAAAUAGAUCGAGAAUGGUACGAAACGUAAACGAAUGAACUUUCGCGGAGCCGAGUGGCAAGUGACGAAAACACUUGAUCGAAGCUUCCCGGACAGUCCGGCGAGGUGAUCCUUGCCUGUACCGCCAAUUAGGCCUAGUCAUUUCCUUUUUGAGAAAUAUAUAUAUAUAAAAAAAAACAAAUUAUAUUUAUAUAUAAUUAUAUAUCUGUUCAUAUAUACAUAUAUAUAUAAUUAUAUAUGACUAUAUUACAUAUAUUUAGAGUUUAUCAAACUGCUUGAGAGGAGUAACGUCUUGCACGACCAAUCCGUUCAGAAAUCUAGGGAAUUCCGAUCGGCCAUCGAUCGUUCCACUCGAUCUCUAAUUUCUAGUACGAAUUGACGAAGGGUAAACCGGAUCGAUCUGAUUAGAAAUUAGAAAUCCAUUCAAGACGAGCGGCUGCCAAGAUGGAGUCUUUAGGAAAAUGUACAAAGAAUUCUCGAAAAUUCGUUCCGUUACCGGCUCGAAUUCCGCUAGACGGCGUGCAUUAAUUACAAUAUCUAUACAUAUUUAUGGAAUCUGAUCUCGAAAUAUCGCGCUACGGAUUAUCGAGGGAAUUAAUCCCGGUAACGGCGCGAAUCGAUCAGAGGUUUUGUGUGCGAAGUUACUAGAACGAGAAGAAUUUAGGAUCACGUUAUCGUUUGUUAGUCUUCUUCCACGUUCCUCGCCACUCACGAGAUAAUUGUUGCUAGGGGAAAUAAAAUAUAAAAAGGAGAAAAAAAAAAUGAAAUAAUACGAAAAAAAAGUAAGAUUACAGAGUAAGUCAAGAAGCUUUUGUACUCGAUUGUUCUUCCCUUGCUUAGACCGACUGGAUAUGUAGAUGAUACGUAAGUAGAUAUGUUUUUACUAUGGAACCGAGGAGACCGGUAGAUGUUACUGACUAGCCCGUUUCGCAGUCGCUCGUGUAGGGAUUACGCUCAGGACUCUUUCGACUCGCGCACGAAAGUCCGAAUCUUUUAACUAGAGACUUAGAAUUAAGGAAAUUGGAAGAAACUGUGUCAGACACCGAAGAAAGUGUUUCUCCAGUUAAUUUGUUCUUUUUUAAAUCAUUUUUACCAUGCCUUUCUUUAUUUUCUUUUGACAAGUCACGUUUGAAAUUCUGUCUGAAGUCACUUAUCAUAUUUGAUUUUACUUAUUAUUUUAAUUAACACGUUGAGUACCACGGGGGUCAUCGGUGACUCCAAAUCGAAUUACUGUAGUUCGCUCAAUAAAACGAUGAUUAUUUGAAAACAUUUUUAUAUUAUAAAUAAUGUUA